AUGUCGCCUUGUUCUUUGCAAUUAAAACAGCAUCUGCAGCUUCUCCUUUUUGCCGGGGCCGGUCAGAGCAACACCUUACGUGCUGCAGGCAUUGAUCAACUUAGCCCGGCCGCAAAUGGCCUAGCAGCCUGUGGAUUUGGAGAAGUCGGGCUUGCUGGAUUCUUAGCCGGAAGGCAGCAGCAACAGCAGCAGCGUCAGAAAACGCAGCAGUUGAGUGGCAUCAUGACCUCGGGUAACGGGCGGUCGUUGGCCGGAAUGAAACGGCACAUGAUACCCAGCUCAAUCGGGGAAUUUGAGGAGACAAUGGCAGCUGAUUCAGGCAUAACUAUGGCAGUCAAUGUACCUGGUGAUCCAAAUGCUAUGGUAUUUUCGUUUAUAUGUCCCAAUUACAAACACGCAUGUGAAUAUGAAUUCAGACAUUGGGAGGAUAUCCACCACUUACUAAGCUCUACAGUAAUAUUAUGGCUGCUAGUUUUAAUUAUUACAGACAUUCCCUCUACUAUAAUUAUUGAUUUUCACUGGCUCAUCCUCCCCUAG